AAAAUUUUUAGAAACUUAUUGAUAUUAGAACAAAGUUUUAUAACCCAAUACAAUACUCAAAAGUCACUAAAAAGAAAAUACACAAGUUUUUAUUUUACAAUGAUCAUAUCUUCUCUACUAAUCUUUUAUAAAUUAUUUCUAUCAAUAUCUCCUUUAUCCUCAAAUUUUUCAAAAAUUUUACUAAAAUUUUUAAUGUUUUUUCAGCUUGUAACAAUUUUUUUAUUUCAUAUUAGUGGUGAGUAUAACAGAACCAUAAUAAUACCCAAAAAAUUCCUAUUUCAUUCAAACAAAUCCCUAAGAGCUGUCAAUUUAAGAAUAAUCAAAAUUCCUUUUAAAUUUACUGACAAUUUAAUCUCUUUUCUAACAAAUUUCCUAAUAAAAUUCACCUCAAUCUUCCUUAUAUUCUUGAUCAAAAACUUGUUUUUCUUUAAUCGUCUCAAAAAAAUUCUAAUCCUAAACUUCAACCUAUUUUAUCUCAAAAAUAUCCUAAUCUUUUUAAAUAAAAUCAAAUUAAAUUGCCAAUUAAGAUCAACCUAUAUCGAUAUUGAAAUUAAAUUAAUCUUAAACCCAAGAAAUUUUAAUACUGAUUUAAGAGAAGAAUACGAUUUCUUUAGAGAUGAAUACAUUUCAAGACAAAUUAAAAAAGAGAAAAAAAAAAUUGGCCAGCUAACAAUAGAUGAUAUCUCUCUUUUAUAA